AUUUCUUAUUUUGUUACUGAAUUUUGUAUCAUACAUAUAGGGAAAUUUAUUAUAUUGAAAAAAUUCCCUAUUUUAUUGUUGUUGCAUCUGUAAAAUUCGAAAACCGGUACAAUUGUCAAGUAUAUCCCUCAUGUUUAAAAAAUGAAUAGUAUAAAUGAUACCACUGAAAAUUUAGAGCGAUCUAUUCAAAUGUUUAAUCAAGAAAAUGCUCAACGAAAGUCAUUUUUGAGGUUAAGUGGAAAAAGUAUAACUCCAAAAAGAUUAUCUUUGCAAAGUACCAAUCAUUUACGAAAAGACCAGGAUGAUUCUUAUCAAUUUAACGAUAUUAAUAGCCCUAAAAUGUUAGGCAAAUUCUAUCCUCAUUCAAGAUUGAUUAAGGGCCAUGAUCUUUUGGAUAUUGAUAAUUCAUUAACACUUACUCCUCAUGAAGUUCGAGAUAUAAUGGCUGCUUCAGAAAAAGGUGAACUUACCUUGAGAGAAAUGAUGGAAGAUAGUAGUGCAACUGGUAUAAUUUUAAAAUCAAAGAAACCUUUAAGAGAUGUUAUGUCUAAACUUUAUUAUGAUUUCUUACACAGUGUGCAGAUAAAUUUUUCAGAAACACAAGUAUUUGAUACUAUUGCAGAUUUUAUACAGAAUUGUACAGAUACAUUAGAUAUAAUGAGAGGAAUGCAGUCGAAGAUAGAAACUAAUGUAUCAGAUGAAGAAAUUUCUUUAGAAAAUGAAAGGAAUACAUGGAGGCUUAUUUAUUGUUUAUAUCAAAAUAGAAUAAAUAGUCUCAAUUUUCCUACUCCAAUGGAAGAUGAUUUAGAAGAAAGUAAUACAUACAUAUCAGAAAAAGUUGUAAUAGAUAAUUUAUUUAAAACUGAAAGUUACAUUAGAGAAUAUCAGUUAAUAAUUGACUGGUUGGAAAAGAAUGCAUUGGAUCAAGCAGAAAAACACCCAAUUACUGAACAUUUCACAGAUAAAACACUUCCAUGGGAAAAUACUGUAAGACAGUUAUUAACGUAUGAGAGUAAAGAUCAAAUUCCGUUUCGUUCGACUAGGCCAUUGUUAUCAUCUCUAGAUCCAGAUGCUCCAAUAAGAGAAUCUGGAGAAGGAAAAUCUUUACAUGAUUUAGAUAAAGAAGAUGAUAAAAGACUCGAAAAAAGAAUGUUCAUAGAAGUUCGUUGCGGUCGUCUUCAAAAAGCACAGACAUUAGCUGAACAUUGUGGACAGCCUUGGAAAGCUGCAUGUUUAUUAGGAUGGAUACCUCAUCAUGAUCCUAAUUAUCAAAAUCCAUUAAUUGAUACUAAAUUGCCCAUUGAAGGAAAUCCUAAUAGAAGCUUAUGGAAAUUAUGUGCUUGGGAACUUUCACAAGAUAAACGCGUAGGUGAAUAUUAUCGUACUAUUUAUGCAAGUCUUUGUGGAAAUCUUCAACAAAUGUUGCAAAUAGCAACUUCUUGGCAAGAUGCAUUAUGGGCUUAUAUGAAAACAUUAUUAGAUAUUAAAGUGGAAAGAGAAGUAAGAGAUUUAGUAAUAAAAAGUUUUACAAACAUGCCUGAUGAUUAUUGGAAAAACGAGAUUUCAUUGAAAGAUGUUUUUAAAGAACUUCAUGCAUCAAAAGAUCCCAAAAUUCGAAUGGAAUCAAAUAAGCCUGAUCAUUUAAUACAAAAAUAUUUGAUAUUAGAUCAAAUACCAAAAUUAAUGGAAGAAAUAGAUAACAUGAUAAAUACGGGUACCUGUGAUCCUCAUUUUUUAAGAUUCUUAGCACAUUUAAUAUGUUUCUUUCGUCAGAUUGGGAAAAAUGCAAAAGAUAAAAUUGGAGAUAAAGUUUUAUUGGCAUAUGUUCAUAUAUUAAUCGAAAUGGAUGAUCCAAUUCUAAUUGCUUUCUACACAGCUAUGUUGCCACGAGAAUUACAAGUUACCAAUUAUGCUAGUUAUUUAGAAAAUAUUAAAGAUCAUGAACAGCGUAGAAAAUGUUUAACUGCAGCGGAAGAUGCUAAUUUAAAUGUAGAAGCAAUUACAAAAUUAGUAGUAGAAAGUAUUCGUUCCAAGAACAUUGAUAUCGAUCCCAUAGAUUUGAAAGGCACUUUAACAGAUACAGAUAUAGAUAAAAUUAAUGCAUUGGAUUGGUUAAUAUUUUAUCCAAGUCAACGAGAAGAAGCAUUGUGGCAAACUAAUGCUCUUAUAAGAUAUUUUCUAGCAAAUGAAAAAAUUGAUGCCGCUAGAAAAGCCUUUAAUAAAAUUCCAGUGGAUUCUAUUGAAGCUAUUAUGGCUGAAUAUCCAACAAUGGAAGGCACAUUAACAAAUCUCACAAUGACAAGUAAUCUUUCGAAGAAAGCUUCUUCGACGAUUCGGGAAUAUGUUUGUUAUAAAACUUAUCUUGAUGCCCAAGAAGGUUUUGCAGAAUGGUUCUCUCAUUAUCAUCAUGGAAAACCUGCACCAUUAGAAGAAUUGCCACCAUAUGCCACGUUCACUGAAAAAGUUGCAUAUGAACACAAAAAAGCACAAUACAAUGUAGAAAUGGAAAGAUGGACAUCUACGAUGCAACAUCAUACAAAGGCAGUUAAACAAUUAUUAUUCAAUGUAUUAUUAUUUCCGGAUGGUGGUUGGUUAGUUGAUUCAAAUAAUAAUAAUAAUGAUGAACCAUGUACACCAGAAGAAAUAUCUCGUGAUCAUCAAAUGGAAAAAUUACGUGAACUUUGUAUUCCAAAAAUUACACUUCUUUUACAUUCUGUAAUGUCUGAAAUGAAUGAACAUGCUGAAUGCAUUCAAUUAGCAGAUAUUCUUGCUUCUGAACAAUAUCAACUUUAUAAGGUAUUCCAAAAAGGAAGAUUACGUGAAGUAUUCAAGAAAAUCUGUGAAUCUUCUCUUGUUUUAAUGGAUCAAAAAAAAGAUCCUUGGGGAUAUCCAAAAUGAAAUAUUUAAUAAAAUUAUAUGAAAAAGAUAAUGUGUAUAUAUAUAUAUAUUUAACUGCGCAUAUGUGAUGUUAUGUAUUACAAUAUCGAAUAUCGAAAAAUUUUAUAAAAAUCUUUAAAUUUUUUUAUAAAACCAGUUUAUUGUCAACCACAAGAAGUGAAUAUAAAAUUUGAUACAAUGUUCAAUAAUUCAUAAUCAUAAUAUAUUAUAUACUUCAUGAUUACUUAGAUGCUUCUUUUACUCAAUCGUUAAUAAAUGUAGCGCUGUCAAAGCUGUAGAUUUAACGCGUGAAAUAUUGCGGAGAAACUCAGGGACAAUGAAGGACAAACAUUAUCCUGAGAUAUUUUCAUUGGAAUAAUAAUCAUUAUAAUUUUACGAUGUUUCUCUAUAGUUUAGCCACUUCCAAAUCUCAUAUAUAUCGCCGGUAUCUUUCGGACAUGGAUCUGUGUACAAUAGAUAAAUACAUACAAACAUUUAUUUAUAAAUAGAAAUUUUUUUAAAGAAUCUUCGCAUUGAACGAAAAAAGAAAAACCAUGGUACAGAACGAUGGUAUUUGUGAUGUAUGGCAUACAUUGAAAACUCUAAAUCUAUGUUCAAUGAGUGUUAUUUUUUGCCGGCAAUAGCAGUCUUUUCAUAACAUUUUUUAUUGAGAGCGUUCAUCUCUCUAUGUGGCUUGAUGCAUAUAUUUGUUUUUUUUUUCCUCUUUGUUUUUAUAAAAUAAGAAAAAGAAAAUAAAAAAGGAUUGACAUUAUAAUUGAACCUUCACCAUUCAUGUAUUAUACUAUAUAGACUAUAUAUCAAGAAAAUUAACAUUGCACAGAAAUGAUUUCAUAUCGAAAAUGAAUAAUCAAAUUCAUAAUAUGAUGGCAUGAUUCAAUUAAAGGAUUAAUUAAUUGCGAUUAUUCGAAGCGAUUCUGUAAUUAAUCAUAAAUGAAUUAAAACUAAGAGGAUAUAUCACGGAAUAAUUGACCAAAAUAGAUCUUUACUCGAUGUUCAUCCGAAUUACUUUCGCUUAGAGUUCUUAGUUGAACUAGAACAUAGAAUUUUAAAAUAUGAAUUAUUGGAUAGCCAUUGAAAAAAUUUACUAUAUUUAAAUUCAAUCGUUAUUUGAAUAAAAUCUAAGAACCCUAGAAGUAUAGAUCUGAUAAUAUAACGUUUCACAAAUUUUUGAACUUAUUUCAAAAAGCUACAAUCCACUUACGAAAUUAAUCGAUUAAGAUAUUGCAAUGUAUUAAUAAUUUAAUUACGCAAAAUAAAAUUUAUAGCAUCGCAAUCAAGGAAAAAAAA